AUGCCGUGCCCUAUUACCAUUACCAAAUUUAUCGGCACCGUUUCCCUGGGGCUGCUCACCGGCGUGUCUUACUCGACUGCAUUCAUCACUAUCCCAGCCUUGAAAGCGCUCCCCACUGCGUCGCAUGCUACACGACCCUUGAAAGACGUCAAACGCCUAUCUCGAAAACAUGCCAUUCGCUUGUCGAAUCUAGCAACUUCUUGUCUCUUCUUCGCCUGGCUCGUCGUGCCCAAGCGCAAGAAGCAUCCUUAUUUACUCUGGGUAUGCUUGACUUCGACUGUCAGCACUUUGGGUGUUGAUUUCUGGUUCAACCGGUCUCUCGGUCUAGGCGGCUGGGCCCGCAGUGUUGUUGAAGACAUUGAUUUCCCAUACUUGAGUGUGCGGAAGCAGUCGCCUUCGUCUUCGCCAUCGAAGAAAGACGAAGAUCUAGUCGUGGUGGAGACUGACUCUGAUUUCAAUGGCGAGAGCGUCGAGCGAGAUAUGGACCGAGAACGCCGCCUGCAGUCGACUCGCUUCUGGUUCUCUGGCGCCGCGCUCUCCAUGGCGAUAGUCGGCCUGUGGGGUGACGGGGCUUAA